AGACGGUUUCUCAUGCUAUCUCUCUGAAGAUGGCUCUGUGACGAGAACAUAACUGUUGAUGAGCAACGGAUCCCCGCUAACGACGAUAAGCAUGCCGUCGCGAUGUUCGGCUGCCCCCUCCGGUUUCCCCCUUUCCCUUUCAUAUACUUCUAUCGUUCCAGAUCUUCUUUCCGGCGAAGCCAUGGCAGCGGGCAAACGGGAACCGAGAACCUAGACCUGAAGAGCAAUGGAAUGAGAAUAAGACACAGGAAUGGUGACGCCGUUGCCGCUGCAACGCUCUCCACCUCAUCCGAAAUUGACACCCUCUCCCCUUCUUUAUCAUCUAUUCACCCCUUGAUGCGUAUAUCUCUAGCCAAAUUACUCUCAAACGACGAAACCGAAUUGCAACGCCUGGGAGAUGCAUGUCGAGAGCUCGGUGCUUUCUACCUUGAUCUCCAGAUGACAGACAUCGGCAAAAAUAUCAUAAAGGAUGUGGACAAAUUAUUUUUGCUUGGAGAACACUUUUUUGAUCUUUCUGUUCAAGAAAAGGAGAAGUACGACAUGGGGAAGUUUGGUGGCUAUUAUGGGUAUAAGGGCUACUUCAAUCGAAUGCUCGACUUGAAAGAAUUCUAUGCAGUUUCAAAGGACGACAUACUCUCCAUACCGUGCCCCAGGACCGCUUACAAAUCCAAACCCGUCCUUCCCCAGCCUUCCACCAUCCAAUCCGCUCGACCAGCCAUCCACUCGUAUAUCGAACUAUCUCACGCAAUUGUAACGAUACUACUGCGUCAUCUCACGACACUUUUGCACCUUCCCGUCGGAACUCUUGAAAACUUACAUCGCCAAGGGGCUUGUAGUGGGGAUCAAGUUCGCUGGAUCAAGAUCCAACCGAGCCAAGAAUCCAGAAUCAACCCUGGAGAUGAAGUUCUAUUAGAUGAGCAUUCCGAUUCCAACAGCGUUACUGUGCUAUUCAACACCCUAGGAGGAUUGGAGGUUCGGCAGCCAUGUCAUGCCCGUCAGGCUUCUGCUUCAGGCGGAAAUGGAGCGGACGGUGCACCUGGUCGCUGGAUCCAGGCAGGACCACUUCCGGGGCACUGCAUCAUUCAUCUGGGCGAGCAAAUUGCAAAAUUAUCCUCUGGCACCCUUCGAGCCAGUGUUCACCGCGUCUGCAUCCUUCCCGAUCAUCAAAAAGCUCAGACCCGAUAUUCCCUUGUUUAUUUCGCCAGACCCGAAGACAAGGUCAUUUUGCAGCAGCUUGAGGGCGUUUCGGUUGUGCCCCGGCCGGGAGACCUUACAAAGUCGAGCCAUACGGAAGAGACGAGCACGAAAACUGCGGCAAUCGCCCGUUGGAUUAAAAGAAAAAGUAAAGUGUGCUAAAUAUAUCUAUCAACCAUGGACUACCAUGUAUUCAAAUAGGGACAAUAACGCAUAGCAAUAUACAUAUUCUGUAUACAUACAUGCAGUUAUGAGCUAAGUAAGGUGGUGUACAUAAAAUACAGCUUUUCUAAUGUGGUAAUGACCUUUAUAAUGUGAAUUUAGCUUACGAA